AUGGUCCGUGGCGAUUGGCCCGACGGACGCAGCUAUAUCUACAUACCCUAUGGAUUGCUGUGUUCAGUCUGUUCCGCACACUACCUCCGCACCUACAUCCCACACGAAGACAAGCCUGUACCGACGAUGUGCAUUUCUAAAGCAUACCCCCUUGAGGUUCUCCGUCUUCUUGUACAAUGGCUGUAUACUGGCAAGUACGAAGAGCUAUCUGGUCCAGUAUGUCGGCUGCGUUUCGCAUACGGCAGACCAGACCUGAAGAUCAGGCUUGAGAUCGCGCGUACAGACACCAUGGAAUGGGCAGUCAAGGCUGCUAUAAUGGCUUGGCUCUUGGGAGGUGAAUUAUCUGUGCCCGGAUUCCAGGACCAUGCAAUGACGCGCCUCUUUGCCGCUCUUGCACGGCAGCCAGAGCAGCCGCAACUCACACCAGACCUAUUCGGCUUCGUGCGGAGAACUUCCGAAGGACUCGGAGGCAACAUGGCUUCUGCACUGGCAGACUUGACCAUUCGGAGCUGGGGCGACGCGGCUGUUGUUGGCCAGGAAUGUAUGCACGCUUGGGCUUCUAAAAUCAACGCAGAUGAGUAUUUCAAGGAGAAGUUUUUUGAAGGAUCUAUACUGUCACUCGAGAAACGCCGCGAGAAGAGCUUGGUGGCGGAAGAUUAUUUCGUCAAUGUGCGCACACGCAAGUCGACACUUACGAUAGAGCGAAAGAAUUGA